UCCUCACCUUCGCAUUCUCUCUAUACCAGACUCCAUAUCAACUCGCUUCCAACCAGUUCGGCCUCACACUCCUCUAUCUGACAGCCAGUCCUCUAUCUGACAGCCAGAAUGGUGCCCAUCUUCUCUACACUCCAGCCAUCGGAAGUCUUCAGCCCCACACUGCUGUCGCAGCUUCCACGCUCGAAACACAAGCGAGUUGUCGACAGUGUGCUACACGAGGUCGACGAAUUGCGGAAUAGCUGUCUUCAACUAUUCUUCUCGGACACGCGUCACAACACGCCGUCUGAGUCAAAUGACCAGCUCACCAUCCGCGAGUACGAAUCUCUGUACGAUCAAGAGCUUCGGAAGUUCGUGGAAGGAAUCGAAUUGCACCUGAUGGAGGACCUCGCGUCGCGCCGCUCGUCUAAGAGAGGCUCAAACUUCGAUCGUACUACUACGGGAGUCUUGGAGGCAGCCUACGCUCGCGCAUCGACUCUCACGCACUCGGAGUGCAAGAUCGUCGCACGCGCAUCUGGUCUGACUCAUCAACAGUUCCAGAACAAGAGGAGUAGAGAGAAGAAGCGAACCCGUACACGCUCCAAACGACCCGCCCAACAAGCUACUAUCGCUCACUCGCACGUCACUCCGGACCUUCAGCGCUACCUUCCUGCCGCAACAGUCGCGCCAGAUCUUGGAGAUCAAGAUGACACGGUCUGUCCGUCCACUGCGCCUCCCAUUCAAGCCAGUAAGCCCCGGGUCAAGGACGUCUCGGCCGCUGCGUCGGAUUGCAACGAUACCGUUGGCUCGAUGAAGGGCGACGUUGCAGCCUGUGACGCCCUCGGCGCCAUGUCCGAUUGGCUGAACGAGGCUAUCUUUGGCUCCGAUGCGCAAUACCAUACAGUACCAGACGGCCAAGUAACGAAGUCUGUGACGCCGACAGAGGAACCAUCUGAGGGCUCACCGAAUCCUUUGGCCUCUGACACCGAGGCAAUUGGCGACCUAGCCUACUGGUUAUAA